AUGCAGGGAACCAUUAAAACUGUCAAUUUAACUUCGAUUGUUAGACCAGUUGGCGGGAGUCUAAGUUAUGAGUGCAAAGUUAUUGGCCAACCAAAGACUAAAUUACAGUGGUUGCACAAUGGAAAUCCUAUGCAAUAUAAUUAUCCAUCUUCUAGGCAUCAAUUAACACGGAAGACUACGAGUACUGGCAGCAAUGAUAACGAAGUAAUUAGCUUUAGAAUGAAUCAAAUUGAAGGUAAAGAUAGAGGAUAUUACCAGAUUGGUGCAACAAAUGAGGCUGGGAGCUCUUUAUCUAUGCCCUUUAUGCUGACCGUUGAAGAAUAUCCUGUUCCUAAUCCUCCGCAGAAUUUAAGAAGUGUUAGUGUUACGGCCUAUACUGUCACCCUUGCUUGGAAUGCUUCACCGUCUAAUUUGAAUCCUGAAAUAUAUUAUACGAUCGACUUUUGGCCAGUUGAUAACCCAGCCCUCAUAUAUAGUCAGACUACCUCCCGCUCUGAAGAAAGCGUAGCCAUUAAGAAAGAUCUGAAGCCGUGGCGAAAGUAUACGUUUGUUGUAAAAGCAUGGAAUUAUCGUACGGCGAGUCAACCUUCAAACAAAUUAAUCGUAAAAACAGCGGAAGAUGCACCGACAGCAUCACCACGAACACUAAAAUUAUCAUUGGUUUCAUUGUCAAUCUUAGUGAAGUGGGAAAGAGUUGAUCCACUGUAUGAAAAUGGAAAAAUUACUAGAUACUAUAUCAGUUGCACCGACAUAGGGACUGGAACUAACAAUGUCUACGAUACCCCCAGCUACUUAAAAAAUUUUAAAAUUCCAGACGUUCUACCGGAUUCGCUAUAUUCAAUCAAAGUUGCCGCUGCAACGUCAGUUGGUUUAGGACCAUUUUCAAGGACAGAACAAAUUAAAACUAGUUCAGAAGAUAUCCGUAAUACGUUCGCUUCCGUUAAUUUGAAAAUCUUGUUUAUCAACGCAUCAACGAUAACUUUUACUUGGGACGUUGAGAAUGAAAGCAAACAGCACUUGAUAGGGUAUAGUGGCGAGUUACCGAGUAAAGCUUCGAAAUCAGUUAUAAUUCAAACAAAACAAGACGCUCCCGAAUCACCACCGAUCAUUGAUUCAGUGAAAGAAUUAUCGUCAGGAAUGAUAUCUGUUACUUGGAAUGUUCCAAAACUAGCUAAUGGUAUUAUAACCUUGUAUAAGAUUAAGUACAAAAGCGAAAGCGAAACUAUUUGGAAUAAGGAGUCGACGAAACUGAAUCAUAUCGCUUUAAGGAAUAUCGCCCCGGAGGAAUUUUAUGAAUUCAGUAUAGCUGCUGUAACUACUGCUGGAGUAGGUCCCUAUAGCACAAUUAAGAUUUUUUUGAAUAAGACAGAAGUGCCGUCAUUCGGUCUAAUUGUAACUCGCCCAGUAUCCACCGCCAGCUCAGAAGCAGUCACCAAGAAAAAUAUAUUUCAGGAAUCCUUAGUAAUCGUCGGUAUUGUAUGUGGUGGAAUAUGUGGAAUAAUUUUAUUGGUUAUCAUCACCUUAUGUACGAUUCAAAGGUUUAAGUGUGUUGAAUUGCCGGUCAAAAAAGUUACCAACAUAGAAUCAGUUACAAUAAAGAAACAUGAUGGUAUAACUGCGAAUUCUCAAAAUUUUCAAUCUCGAUACCCUACUGCGAAAGUUAAUAAAUUACAGAGAUGUAAAUCAGAAGGGAUUAAUAGUUUACAGUCUGGUAAUCGUUCCGAACCUUUGAAAGAUAGCCAAUGUAAAGAAAGCGAAAGAACGGAAAAAAAAGAGACAACUGCAGCCCUAAAAUCCGAUGAUCCUAAUAAAAGUAGUUCAGCUAUUGUCUUUUCUGUAAUUAAAACAACCAUCUGCAUCACCAAAUACGGUGUGGUGGUGAGAUCUUAUAGUCAUGGAGCAUUUAAAGCCCGAAGGAUCUAA